GACCAAAACUUUUGAAUAGUGGCAGGAUUUGUGCAUGUCCCUCUCUCUCUCUCUCUCUCUUAAUUAAUUUCUCGAUCUGGCUGUAUGUGUGCGCACAAAAAACCAGGCAAAAAACAAUAGGAUCAAAUCCCCCACCGAUCACACAAACAAACAUUCCCUAAAAUCAAAGCAGAGCCCCCCAUAUCCAUAUUAGUAUAUAACGAAACCCGGAUUCUGCUGUCCCCAAUUUGAAUAAUCCAAUAAAGUUUUCAUAAACUAAAUAUGAAAUUAAUUUUUCAGACACAGCCUUGCAUGCCCUGUUAUUGCUAUAUAUGCACGCGGAAUACUGAAAUUUCUUGAUCGAGUUCAGAGCAGAUCGAGCCCGUUUAUCAAAAGCUAGCAUUUUGUAGAAUCGAUCAACGAGCUCAGACAUGGAGGAGCAGGAGCAGGAGCAGGGAGUGUCUUCUGGUUUUAAUUGUAUUAGCGCCGGCGGCGGAGGUGGUGGUGGCGGAGGAGGAACGAAGUGCGGGCGGUGGAACCCAACAAGCGAACAGGUUAAAGUUCUGACGGAUCUGUUCCGGUCGGGGCUCCGGACACCCAGCACCGACCAGAUCCAAAAGAUAUCAACGCAGCUGAGCUUUUACGGGAAGAUCGAGAGCAAGAACGUGUUCUACUGGUUUCAGAACCAUAAAGCCAGAGAACGUCACAAGCGUCAAAAAGUCUCUUCUUCUUUACUCGACGAUCCAAAACACCAUAUCCAUCCUCACUGCCAACCUGAAGAUGAUCAGAACAUCUCCCCCUCUGCGAAUCUGCAAUACAUCACUAAUCAGAUUUCAGAGCGCAAGAAAGCGAAUAUAAAGACACUACAACUCUUUCCAUUGAACUCAUUAAAUGAUUCGGAAGUACAAAAGGUAAGGUUGUUUGAGAGCGAAUGCAAGGAGGCGACUACAGUUCCAUUCUUUCACACUAUUGAGAAUGCAAGUGGAGUGAAUCAUCCGCCAUUAGAUUUGCGCUUAAGCUUCAUCUAAGAAUUACUUAAAGCUAAUCAAGGAUUAAUAUUUAGUUUGGUGCUCGUUAAUUAGAAACAAGAGAUUAGUGUUGAGAUUUGACAAUUUUUGAGUUUAGUUAGCAUUUAGAAGAAAAAUUAUAUGAAUCAUAGGGCCGGGAUUUACUAAUUAUUUCUCAAAAAUUAAUGGUUAUUUUUCUUUAAAAUAUUCAAAA